AAAGACAGGAGAAUACGAAACGAAAUGAAAGGUCACAAGUUGCCAGCAUCCCCCCAUGCUCAUCGACAAAAACUAAGAGAGAGAAAGACUCGAACUUCCUGAAGUCGUAGUUACGCAUUUUCGCAGUGGAUACUACUCUCUUAUUUUUCUUGAUUAUUUUUGUUUUUCUCUCUCAAAUUCUCACCCGAAAAACUUUGUUAGGAGGAAUCAAUUGCUGCUAAUCCUACUUACUUCGACGCGAUCUUUGAUGCUUCAUAGUACUUCACUAGAUUUCUGAUUGCGCUGUAAACCCUAAUUGUUUAGCAGAUUGGAAUAUUGUACAAGAUUUUGCAUAAAUGGUGUCUAAUUAUUAGAUUGGUGUAAAGUGUAAACAUCCUUCAAAUUGUUAUUCAUGGCCCGGAAAGGAAAUCAGCCUAAAAGAGGAAAUGAUCAAACUUCUUCAAAGAGUAAAAAGAAGGAGCCAGAUGUGAAAGGUGUUGCUGAUGAAAUUCUGGGUGGAGAACAUCUUAAAUCUCCUCUGACAGAAGGGGCUAGCAAGACCUCUGUUACAGGGGAUGGUAGGAAAAAGAACAAGAAAUCCAGAAAUGCACCCAAAAAGGAUGAGCCAAAGGUGAAUGAUGUGAGAGUUGAGCCUCCAUUCCCUGACAGUAGCGUCUCAGGGGAGUGUAUGGAAAAUGUUCCCAGGGACUUUGAUAGGGACUUUGAUAUGUCUCGUGUCAGUAGCCAUAGCUCAGGAAAUCAUGAUACUGCUUUUAAUCACACAGUAAAUGGAUCAUCUACUGCUGGUAGGAAUAAUAAAUUGGAGUUUUCUCAUGUUGUGGUACUCGAAAGCCUGAGACAUUAUGCCCUAUCUAUCUUAAGGACAUCUCGUGGAUGGCUGGAAAGGCAAAAACCAGUUUUCACUGCUGUAGUGAGAAAUGUUUACAAAGUUCGUGAUUAUAUACAAGUGAAACUUGUUCAGGCAUACCCCAUUGUUCUGAAGUGGCUUUUUCAUCUGGGCAACAUUAUGCUCCUUGUGUCAAUGGUUUGGUUGGAUUCUGCUGUUCGUGGCAUGGACUCCUUUCUGCGGAUGGGAGCAACUUCCUUUUUCUCUAUCUUGUGGUUCAGCAUACUUUCAGUUAUUGCAAUGAUCGGGAUAUUUAAAUUUCUGUUGGUGUUGGCUUUUGCUGCAUUAAUUGGAGUUAUGGUGGGCUACAUCAUUUCAUUGCUGAUAGUUGCUAUUACUGGAGGAGUUUUUCUGUGGAUUUACGGAAGUUUUUGGACCACCUCUAUUGUCAUCGUUCUGGCCGGAUUGGCAUUUAUAUUGAGUCGCGAGCGCAUUUCCUUGUUGGUCCUUACUCUGUAUUCAGUAUAUUGUGCUUGGGCAUAUGUUGGAUGGCUUGGGAUGCUUUUGGGUCUCAACCUGUCAUUCAUUUCAAGUGAUGCCCUGAUAUACUUCCUGAAAAAUAACAUAGAUGAACAGAGAAGCAAGCCUUUUGAGCGAACAGAUGGAGUUCAAGGUGAUCGAAGUUUUUUCAAUGGCGAAGGACAUUUUCAGUACUCGGAUACUGGUUCGGGCCAGUCAAUGGAUCGUAGUGCUGGGGUUGCUUCCACCAGUGGGGCUGACUCUGAGAUUACAUCUGAAGAUGAAGUUGUUCGUUUGUUGAAUUGUACUGAUCAUUACUCAGCAUUGGGCCUGUCUCGAUACCAGCAAGUAGAUGUAUCUGUACUGAAGAGAGAGUAUAGGAAAAAGGCUAUGCUUGUUCAUCCUGAUAAAAACAUGGGAAAUGAAAAGGCUGCGGAAGCAUUUAAGAAACUUCAAAAUGCAUAUGAGGUUUUGCUAGAUUCUUUGAAACGAAAAGCAUACGACGAUGUACUUAGGAAGGAAGAGUUGCUGAAUUAUUUCUGCCGGUUUCAGAGUACUUCUCAAAAGAAUGGACGGCAUGGCUUCUUCCCUAAUGGUUUUGCACGCUCAGAGGGUGAUGGAGAAGAUUUUGUAGGAGAGGCUAGAAGAAUUGCAUGCAAGAAGUGUGGGGGAUUUCAUAUAUGGUUCCAAACAAAGAAAUCUAAAUUAAAAGCAAGAUGGUGCCAGGAUUGUGGGGAAUUUCAUCAAGCUAAAGAUGGAGACGGAUGGGUUGAACAGUCUUCUCAGCCUUUGCUCUUCGGAAUACUACGGAAGGUUGAUGUCCCUGUUGCAUAUGUUUGCGCCGAUGGAAAAGUAUAUGAUGCUACAGAGUGGUAUAUUUGUCAGGGAAUGAGAUGCCCAGCUAACUCACACAAAACAAGUUUUCAUGUCAACACUAGCAUAACAAAAACCAAUUUUGGGAAAGGAUCAUCUUCAUCACAUAGUGGUGGUGCAGCAGCAGCAGCAGCAGCAUCAAAUAUGGAAGAAAACAUGAGUGAGGAAGAGUUCUUUGAGUGGUUACAGAAUGCUAUGCAAUCUGGAAUGUUUGAGAACUUUAAUGGGGUUAAUCCCAAUGAACCUAGCACCAAAAACGACACAAAAACUGGUAAUGCAAAUACUAGUGGUGGUGGUGGUGGUGGUGGUAGCACUAGCAGCAGCAGGAGAAAGAAAAAGGGUAAGAAACAGUGGUGAACUUGCCAUAAUAGGACUAAUACUCAUCUUGAUUCCUGUAAGUGAGGAGGAGAGAAGAGAUUUGACGCGUUGAAUACCAGGUCUUGUAAUGUGGUGUUAAAAUGUGCUCUGCAAUUGAAAUAGCCUUGCGCAGGUUGUAUAGUUUCUGUUGUUUUGACAGUCUUUUGAUGGUCGUUUAUACUUCCAACAGAAUGUAAUACCCUGAAAGAAAUGGCGAUUCAGUUUUCCGCAGAAUCAAA